AUGUAUCACCACCACGUCUGCGUGCUGGCCCUGGAGUUCCUUGCUCUGCAGCUGAGCCUGCACAGGAGCGACACAGACCAGGGCGUGUGGCAGUGCCUUCUCGGAGAUUGGCACGAGCUGCUGAUGCAGCAGCUGCAGGAGCGGGCCAUCUCUGGGCUCAACCAGCAGGAGGAGCGCAUAAGGAGCGCCCAGGUGUGGCUGGCUGCUGAGAUACUGCACCAGCUGGAGGCGUGGGGCACCGCGGUUGCUGCAUUGUUGGCCACCAAGCCCGGCUGCCGAGAAGUGAUGUCCAGGCUGGAGAUCGUCGCAUGCUACUUGUGGAAGUACCCGGAAAGCGCCAGUCACGCGUGCCUUCAAAAGCUGCUGGAAUUUCUCACCCAGUGCUACUCGUCCUGUAAGCUGCUGGACGUGAAACGUUGUGUCCUUCUCUGCUACUAUGGGGUGGCCCAUGCAAUUGGGCCUGGCCAGAGACCGUGGCCCCUGUGGAAUGCAGUCUGGGAGCAGACAGUCAAGACCGUCUUCCUGAACCAGUGUGUGGAGGAGGGCCACUUGGUGCUGCAGGAGCUUCUGCGGAAGCAGCUGGCAUCCUGCUCUGACCUGGCAUCCCUGUUUUGCCCAGGCCGUCCGCUGGAGCCUUCGGCCCUACGCAGCCUGUGUGUGGUGCUGCACCAGGCUACCUACCUGGACGUGGCUGCCGUAGUGCCCGACAAGCACAGGUGGCGACUAUGGCUGCUGGAGUUUGUGCUGCCGGCCACUGUCCAGCUGGGAUCUGCGCCGGUGCUUGUGGGUGAGCUGCUUGCGGCCUUGUGCUUGAGGCGGCCGGCCACUGCUUUGUCACACAGCACAGACAACAGACAACACGGAGAUCGGACAUUGCCAGCGUGCCUCUGUUCUGGAGUUAUGGCCGCCAUCUUACUGACACGCAUGUGGCGAAUACAAGUGAAGCAAGACUUGUUUGAGAGCCCUCUCAUCGAGAAACUACAGAGCUGCCUGCGAGACUGCACAGAGAAGCUAGUGCAGCCCUGGGAAGCCAUGCCAGCCUGGCUCGGCCUGCUGGAGACUCUGCUGUCGUACGUGGAGGGAGGACCGUUGCCGGCCUGUGAGUGGGUGCUGCCUGCUCUGCCACAGGAGCUGGAUGCCUGCCUGCUCUCCACCCUUCCACUGGAUUCGCUCCAGAAAGAAUGA